AUGGCGCGCAGCUUCCCGGUCGUGCGUCCCGUGUCUGUUUCGCUCUUCCUUCUUCUGGUCGGUCCUUGUCUAGCUGUUGGGGGUGAGCAUGGCGGCCAAGGCUUUCCUUCCCGUCUCUUCUUUUUCCCCACUUCCUCCGUGCUGUCUGACGCAUCUGCUCCUUUCUCAUCGCCUGUUUUCUCUCAAGUCAAUGCCCCACUCGAAGGCUCGCCCGAGACAGGGGACGCCGUUUUCGCGGCCAGCGACGAGAGCCCAGAAACACGCGCGAGGGCCUUCGUGGAGCUGAUGGACGCGCCGACGGAGGAAAGGCCUUUUUUCUCCACUCCUGCCUCGGCGAGUGCCUCUAUCAAAAUCAAACCCCAUGGAAUCUCGUGGGACAGAGUCGGAACGUCAAACGCUCAGCCUUGGUCUCCGCUGGAGGGAGAAGCGAAGGUCCGGGCCGUCGUGGCGCCUCUGUCUGCUCUUCAGAUGGAACAGGUGUUCUCCACAGUCCGCAAAAAGGACAGAAAAAUCAUCAUCAAGACUCUGAAAGCUCUCACGCGCAGGAGUUUCCAAAAAGGAGACAACUACAUCACGACGUACACGUACAUUGGGCACCUGACCCGCGCGAAUCCUCUUUUCCGCUCGGUUGCGCGGAGCGACGAAGAGAAGCGCAGGCUGCUGUCUGCUCUUUCACGAAUAAUUUCCCACAAGCCUCAUAGGAAACUCAAGAAGAGGAAAGAGGAACUCUUUCGCGCCAUGACGGUCGUUCGGAACUACUUGCGAAUCCCGAAAGUGGUCCAAAACACAGACCCGUUUCUGCUCGAGUGCACGGCGCAUUUGGUCGAAGAUAUUCGACAGAAUCGCCAUGAAGGCUACUGGAGCUUCUUCGACGGCCUUCGUCAUGACGCGAGUCUCGCUCUGUACAGCGUCGUCGCCGGCACGUUCCUCGAGUACCAAGGCGGCUUCGACUCCUACAUGGUAGACCAGACGAACAUCAUCGACACUUGCGUGAAGAUGAGUUUGUCAGUCGGCAAACUCCCGUUCUUCGACGCCCUGCAACUCCCCGGCGGGUUCAUUGGUUCGCUUCUGGCCGUGACUCUCAAAGGCUACAACUACAUGUUCUUUCCAGCGAUCGCCGCCACGACCAGUCUCAUCAGCGUGGCCACUGGGCUGAUAUGCCUCACGCAACUGCCUCCGAUCCUCUUCAACGCCUACGACGUCGUCGCCAGGUCAUUCAAAAAAGGACUGCGCCUCGGCUUUAUGAAAUACUACCAGUUUCGCGUGCGAGGCGAUCGCGUCGGGCAAAACGCCCUUUCGUUCCUGGCGAUGAACAAGGGAGCCUCCCUUCUCGCCAUUUUGUGGCAACUGAAAAACGUGAACUAUGGGUCUCUGAAGGACUUCAAGACCAUCGCCCCCACCACGUAUGAGGCUUUCUUUCAUCACGGCGUGAAUUUUGGAGCGGUUGAAUUCUCCUCGGAAAUCCAGAGACAUCUGGAAGAGGACUACCUGGCGUUACGCCCGGAGCUUGAUACAUGUUAUGGGUCUGCGCGACUGACUCCCCUCGUCGAGCUCAAGUGUGACGCCUCGUGGCAGGACGUGGAGAGAUUCACCAAGGCCAUGGGCGGAAUGCUGGCCUACGUGAGUCGGUUCAACUUCAAGAACUACGUGGGCGAGCUGUUGCUCGUGAUGUAUACCAUCGCGAUUGUGAACAUGAAUGUCUCCCGGGGCGACGGAGACAACUCGACGAAGGCAGGCUUCGCAGACGCCAAGGAAUACAUCGACGUCGAGACCAGCACGGGCGCGUUCCCAGCCAAACUCUUCCGCCUACCGUUCCUGCGAGAAAAUGCGCACCGCCUUUCAGUCGGGCUAUCAAAGCUAGACCUGGAGAACCGGCUGGAAGAAGCCUUGUCCUUGGACGCAAAGUCGGAAGCCUCGACGGAGGUUCCGGAUUCGCCUUCUGCUGCGGCGGCGCGCUCUGGGCUCUCGUCGCCUCUGUCUGCGCCCGUUUCUGCUCGUGGCCCCGCCGAUGCCCCUCCGUCGUUUUUGUCGACCGCGACAGAGGAUUCGCUCGGGGUUUCCAGCUUGCCAGAUUCGGCAGACGUCGCGAGACAAGUCGCCGCCGAGAUGCGUGAGCGGUUCACGCUCGCCCCCGACUGGCGGGGCGCGGACUGGGACGGUCCGGUCGACGCGCUGUCUCCGGGGGAGCAGAAGCGGCUGGUCGCAGUUCGGAAAAAGAGAACCAGGAUGAUGUUUCUCCUGUUCCACCAGGGCGUCUCGUCCCUCACAGUGGCAACCGAGCAGCUGUUUGGGCGCUUCGUUCAUCUGCUGAUGCUGAAUAACGCGGGGAAACCGCUCAAAAGGUGUCCCUCCGGACCCGCGCUCGCGACGGCCGGCGUCUGUCAGAACGAUAGGGCGUUGCGCGCGAGAAACGAAAUGCCUCUCCGUCUGCUCGUCUCGAUCUUUGCGGGAAUGUUCUACAGACGAGCCGAGGGCCACUUUGGGGCCACGAAGGAAGAGAUCGUCGACGGCUUCCUGGCCUUUAUCGAGGACAUGAAAUUCAGCCGCAUGCCGACCGGCUUCUUCGCCAAACUGAGGAAAACGCAGCCGCAGUGGAUCCUCGACGUGGUCCUCAGCCCGCUCUUUGGGGAAGGCACUCACAACAAAGUCCCCAUCAAACCCGGCGAAAUGGCCAUCCUCAAAGCCAUCGUUGUCAGCGAAGUCGGCGCUCUGUUCGAACAGGUUGCCGAUUCCGCACGGUUCAAGCAUUCGCGGUGUGACACCACUGGCCAGGUGUUCAUCCUCACCGACAUGAAUGGGGGCACUCAGUUUUUCGCAACGCCGACGCCGCGCACGGCCGAACUCGAAGAGGCGGCGUGCAAGAUUGAAUUUCAGGUCCAGGAGACAGGGAUUGUCUUUCGCGGCGACCUAGUGAAGGGCGGCGUUUUGUUGCUUCCAGGCGUUCCUCCGAUUGCCGGGAAACUGUCGAAGGACCACGAACUCCAGACUCCUGCGGAAGCGGACUCUGAGACUCUUCUCGUUGUUGAGGGCACUCUGUGGUUGCAAGGGUAUCCGAGAAUCCACGCGCGAAUGAUCGGCGCAGUGCUCUACGUGGCGAAACGUCUGCGGUAUCCGACGCUCAGUUGGGGCGAGCUCGUGCAAGUCGUCACGCCUCAAGACCUCGAAUUCGCCUAUCGGAUCCUCCAGGAGGGGACUUCUGAGAAGCUGCAGGCAGACCUCGCCGAUCUCGACAAGAAGACUCUGUACAGUUUCGACUUCUCCCUCGGCAACAUCUGGUCCAUUCUUCUCGGCACGCUGGAGCGCGCGGUGCUGCCGAUCAAGAAGCAGGCUUUCUUGUCGGCAGACUUCAACAUCAUUGUGGGCGCCGCGCUCCUCCUGAACGUCUACAACAGCAUCUUGAAAAACGUCUCGGGUCUCACGCACUGGUACCUCCGAUUCGAGAACUGCUUUUACUCCGAGUUGAAGCGGGCGAAGCUCGAGCGGCGGCCAGCGCCGGCUGGACCCGCCUUCGUGGAGGCGGGAGGUGACGCUGGACGCGCAGGGCCGAUCGAGGCAGGUAGAGGAACGGAAACUCAACACGCGUCGCUGAGCUCGCGUCUCUCUGCUUCCUUCUCCGAAACACACCGGUCGGAUGCCUUCUUUUCGCCGUCCGAAUCGGGAGCAAGAGGGACGACGCACAUGCAGUCGCCGUUUAGCUUUGUUGGCAACGCGGCGCUCAGGGCCGAGAGAACCGGCCAGGAAACGGGUGAGCUGGAAGCGGGACACGCCAAGAGGAGUGGAGAGGAACGUGAAAACCCUUUCUCCUUUUCCUUCGAGACGGAGCGCGUUCUCGACUGGAACUGCAACGCCUUCUACGAAAACGGCGAGGAAGAACGACCGAUCACGGGAGUAGCAAACAUCAGCGUCGACGAACGAAACGCGUUGCAGUGCAGCCUCCUCCAGUUUAUGCGCCGGCAACCGACAGUCAGUGAAGAGGAUGCGAUCAAGUUGAGGAAAGAGAGCGGAAAAGUCCUGGCUUACAUCCGGCGCAUUGUGUACGAGCUUCGCGUGCUGAAAGGCAGAUCUCGCUCGUCUUGGAAGAGCUUCAUGAACGCCUACCCUGCCCAGCCGAAGAACCCCGUCACAGAGAUCAGAGAGGAUGUCGGCAGGCUCAAGGCCUUCUUUCGGCGCACCGGCCGCAAACUGAAUACCCGCUUCAAAGCGUGGAGGCACAAGCUGCGUUCUGAGCUCGGCAAGAAGUUCUUUGGAAAACGGGCCCUCAACGUGAUGCGUGGAAAACGGUUCAUGCGCGUCCUGUUUGUCGCGUUCACGGAGUUGUUUCCAAACCCGGCGGAGUUCCCCGGCCAGGUGCUCCUGACGCCCAUGCAGAUGCUUCAGUUCUGUGGACUGCAAACCGUGUUGCGAACAUACACCGCGCCUUACCUUUUUGACAAGAGAAAGGGAAACGGCCUGGCGCUGCAAAUGAAGGCGUCGCCCGUUCCCUCCGACGCCCACAGAAAUGCAUUGGAGGAGCUCCAGCUGCGUCUGGCGCGCAUCGUCCACUCGGAUCCGACGGCCGAGAAGCUGCAUGCGUCCCAGCUGGUUCGCCAAGUUGGGGGCUACCUCCAGUUGUUGGCGGAGACGUCCUUCACCGGUGUGGAAGUGCCGGAAUACACUGCCCGCACAUUUGUGCGUUAUGUGAAGUUGAAGAUGAACAUGGAGAGGAGAGGCGUGCCCAAGACGGACACAGAGUUCAUGGCGGUACUGCAGAUGCAAGUAACCGACCUGUCGCUUCUCCGUGCCAUUCUCGCUGCCUUUGACGACGUUGAAGAGCUCAAGAAAAUUCAGCAAGAGUUGACGAAGGAAAACUACAACGUCGCGGCUCUCUCUGCCGAGAAACUUCGCCUCUACUCGCCGUUUUUCUACUUUGACCACUCGUCAGAGAGUGGCGAGUCCGUCCGACGCAGUCGGCGCCCGGCAUCGAUGCUGGUUCUGACCCUCGAGUGUCGCCAGCAGACUCUUUCGCCAAGUUGGAAAUCUGGAGGCAGCUCUUUGGAGGCGUUUCUGCUCUUUCUUCGCGAGAACCUCUUCCCUGAGGAUAUCGCUGAAAUCGCGUGGAGUGAACUUUCCACCGCCGAGCCUUCCGCGUCUCGGUCUUCUCCGACAGAAGAAGCUGGGGCGACGGACCCAGUGGAGGACGGCCCUAACGCUGAAGGCGCCUCCACAGAACCGUGGAAGAUUGCUAUGAAGCUGCCACUCUUGACAGGCCUGGAGAUCCUAGGUUGCGCGUCCGAGUUCCGCCCUGACUCCAGCGGAAAUAUCUUCGCCGUUCCAUCUGUUUUGUGUCACAUUUCUGAGCCGGCGGACUACGUCCUUCCUCUGGGUCUUCCGGAGUGGAUCAAGCUACGCAGAGACUCCUCCACCGAGGCAGACUUGUUUCGAGAAGAGCGACGAGAGUACAGGGACGAGAUGUCGAUGUUCGACACGGAUGCGUCCGCCUCUGUUUCUACUGUUUCCGCGCCUCUCUCUCCGCCGCUGCGUGCUGAUCAAACCCGGAUGAACGAACUGUUAACCUCGAUGGAGACGCCUUCGGCAGACUGGGGAAGCGGAGGCGACGGUGACCCGACGGCCACAGUUGGGUCCGACGAGUCCGGCGGCUUCGUUGAGGAGCGCGCAAAGGUGGAGCCUGUACGCAGAGAAAAGAGCAAAGACGAGACAAAGGCGGAACGGCGUCUGCAGCCGGGAGAAGCCCCUCCUGUUUCUUCGGCAGGUGGCGACACAGCAGAGCCCAGCGGCGACACGCGUCCUUCUGUCCAGUCGCCAACGGACCUGCAAAGACCCGCCGCUUCUGCCGGAUCGCCUGCCGGCUUCUACGCUCGAAACCUUAGUCGUGGAGCCGCGGGCGAUCGGCCAGUGCCUCGUUUGCCCUCUUCGCCGACACUGGAGAAGGCAGAGAGAUCAGGACUCUCCGGCCCGAGUCCGUCUUUGCCGGAGACGGCAGGUGAAGGGCUUUCUGUGGAGCCGAGCGGAGACGAGGCAGUGGAAGAGGGGGAGGACGCAGCAGCUACAGCUGAGGAAGACGGGGAUGAGACAGAGCCUUUUCUGGACGGAGACGGUGACGACGGCACGGGCUCGGACUCGGGGCUUCGGCGCGCCUACGCCUUGAGCGACGAGAUUCUGCCUGUGUUUCUGGACGCGUUCCACGGCCUCUACGCGCUGGCUCGCCCCUGGAGCCUCCGAGAACCCUUUCUGCGUCGAGUGGCCCAGUUCUUCAGCGCGGCGUACGAAGCCUGUCUGCUCGAAGGCGAGGCAGCAGACAGUGGGGAGAGCUGCAGGAAAAAGCCCGCGGGAUCGCCUAGCGCUUCCGAACUCGAGGUCCUCUUCCACAGAGUCUCUGGCGGGCAGACGAAGCCGUCUGUCACCCGAAACCCCAUCCUGGAAGUCGUUUUCAAAGAGCUCUACAACAACGUGGUGGAGACGCGAAAAGCCGUAACGAACGAGAACGUGGGGAAACUCGCGACCUGGGUCUGCGUCAACUCGGCCCGGGAAAUCUGCGCCGCAGGCUCUCUCGCCACGAAUGCGCCGCUGGCGAGUCACGAGUACCGCAGCUGCGUCCAAGACAUCGAGGCGCGGUGCCGCGAACCCGACUGGCAAGAAUUCCAAGUGGUCCUGCAGGCCGAGGAACAGGCCGUCAAGUCCGGCAUCUUCGUCUCCGCCAUGCAAAGCGUCGAGCGACAGAACCUGCGUCAAAUCCUCGACGCGAUUGACGAUGUUCUCGCCGACAUGGUCGUGGACGAGUUAAAGAAGCACUGGUGGGCUCCGCCUCCGUUCUCGGCUUCCUCCGUCCCGUCCGUCGCAGGCCAUCCGCUGUCCGCCGCAGAUGGAGAGGCUGUACAGCAGCGGUGGCGGAGUGUGAAGAAGAGGUUCCGCAAGUGCGUCCACAAGCUCCGGUUCCGGCAACCCGAUUUGGCAUCUCAAACCGUGCGCACUGUAGUUGAGUCACUCUUUUUCAAACUGACGAGAGGGGACUUCUCGAGCAAAGGAGAGCUGAAGUCCUACCUUCAGGAGAUGCGUUUCACCAUCGCCAGGGCUGCAGCUGUUGAGCUCGACGGAACGAUGGUGAGCCGGACCGUGGCGCUCCGUCACCAAGCGCGGAGCAGGCAAAUGCGGCGCCGAAAGAGAAAGCGCUUCUACCAUCAUGUUCCCAGGACCGACUACGACGACCGAGUCCUUCUGAUUUCGGAUUCUUCACCGUCUGCCAGUCCUGAAGCCCGCGAGGAGGCUCCCGAGCCCGAGGCGUCUCUGCUCCAAGUUCGAGACGACAGGCUGGACGACGGCUCCCGUAAUGCCGGGACGCCUCUGGCUGUCUCUCCGGUGUCUCCUUCCCUCGUCGCCCGUCGAGCUGUGUCGCCUGUCUCCUCUCCGUCCCACGCUUCGCCGGUUGCGGUGGCGACGACGAAGAAAGGGCGAGAAACGCUGGAGCCACCGGCCGGAGCGAAUUCUCUAACAGAGCCUCAGAGGACACGGGGCGUCUCUGCUUCCUUUGCAAGUCUCGUUUCUCGUCAGGAGGGAAACGACAGGCAAGGCGGCAAUGAAGCUGCCGCUGGAAAUCCAGCAGAUCUGUCCGCGGUCAAAAACACUUUUGGGUAUCGCAUUGACUCGUCCACUUUCAACCAGUAUACUCUACAGGUUUCUGCAAGGCGAGAAGGCAGACUCAAGUGGUUCAGGGCGUACCGGAUCAACUGCGCCCUCCUCACGCUCGAGAUUCUCGUCAAGAUCCGAUCAGGUAAAUUGAAAUAG